GCCAGUUUACGACAAAAGCAGACACACGUGUUUGGAUUGUUUACAGCAAAUUUUACUGAACUUUUUACCAAUUUAAUGCACAUCAAGGAAGCGAAGAACAUGUUUUGGGGAGUUACUUUAGAUGGAGGUAAAAGAUAUACACAAACUGUGGAGAGCUCAUUCCAUCUAUCGAUGGCUGCUCUGGAGCCAUCUAAAGGUAAAUCUGAUAACUUGGUAUCAAUAAUGAUACAACAUGAGAAGGCAGAAUUCAUGUUGUGUACCCUACAGCAUGGGAAAACUUAUCAGCAGCCAUUAGACCUUAACUUUACAGAGGGAGAAGAAGUUACAUUCUUCUUGACCAAUGAUAAAAGUGUAGUACAUUUAUCCGGAUUUUUGAUGGAAGAUGACCAGUAUCCAGAUGACUUUGGAGAGAGCAUGAUGGACGAGUCGUCUGAAGAAUAUGAAUCAGAUGAAGAGGAAGUACCAUCAUUAGUGAGUGAUGACAGUGAAGGACAGAAAGUACCAGGUGGAAAAAAGAGAAAGAAGGAAAAGGUGAAGGCAGUGAAAAAGAAGAAGAUGAAAAUGGUAGAUUCAGAUGACGAAGAUGAUGAUGAUGAAGAAGAUUUUGAUAUUGAAAAUGAAUUUGCAGAUUUUAUAGAUGAUGAAGCUGAUGAGGGAUCAGAAGAAGAAGAUGAGGAGGAAGAAGAUGAAGACGAUGAUGAAAUAUUGAAACUAAAGAAAAAACAAAAACCUCAGAAGAAAAAACAAAAAGACGCACCUCAGAAAACGAACCAAGUAAAACAGGUUACUCAAACUCCAAAGCAAACAGAAAAUGAUUCACAAGAAGGAGAAGGGAAAAAAAAGAAGAAGAAGAAGAAGAAAAAGAAAAAUAAGAACAAAGAGGGAGAUGAACAGACAAAUUCUACAGAAACACCUAACAAACAACAACAGUCCAAAAAACAAGUAUUGGCAGGAGGGAUUGUCUGUGAAGAGUUAAAAGUAGGACAUGGUCCAGUGGCCCAAUCUGGUAAAAUGGUACAUGUUUACUACACUGGAAAACUUCAAAAGACAGGUAAACAAUUUGAUUCCUGCAAUCAGGGGAAACCUUUCCGAUUCAGACUUGGUAAAGGAGAAGUAAUAAAAGGCUGGGACAUAGGUGUAAGUGGAAUGAAGGUUGGAGGCAAGAGAAAACUAGUCAUACCAUCUCAACAAGGGUAUGGUAACCAGAGGCAGGGACCCAUUCCACCUGGCAGUACAUUAAUGUUUGAAGUUGAAUUAAAGUCAGUCAGCUGAAAUUUACAGAAUUGUGUACGUGCAGAAUGUGUUCAAAGAUAAUAUGAUACAUUGUUAAGUUUGACAUUGGGCAUUAAUUGCACUAAUUGAUGUAAAAGCGAAAGUAAAUACCAGUUUAUCUGAAGCUGAGCAAGCCUGUGUGAAUGAAUGGUAAUGUCUGUAAACAUUUGUUUACUGCUGUAUGACACCAAACUUUUAGCAUAAGUUGUUUCUGAAUGAUGAUUUUUAAAUGUGAAAUAACCAUAGUAGUAUAUUGAUUUUAAUGUGACAUGUCAGCUCAAAUGGAAGAAUGAUUAAUAAUACUGUCAUCACUAAAUACAUAUCUUUUAUUAUCUAUCUGAUUAUUUUUUCAAACUUUUUUUUGGCCAUCUUUGAAAUCAUAUGGAAAGAACAUUGAGGUGUAUUCUCAAAAAUUAAUGUCCAAUCCAAAUGACAGUUUGCCCCUUAAUAAUUUAUAACAGCUGAGAAACAAAUUAUGAUCCAAUCCCUUUUUCAUAGUUUUCUUUUAUUUUCCCUUGCAACUUAUUAUAGGAUAGUGGUUCUAUACAUAUAGUAUAUUUUGACCUCACUUGAUGGAAGGUCAUGUAAGAUGUUUAUCCUUUCUUGGUCUCUGUUAUGGAAGUAUUUUGAUAAAGCAGAUGAGAAAUCCUAUACUCUGGAAGGUUCUUGUUUUCACUGGAGAGGAGAGUUGCAGAAUCAGAAAACUUAAGCCUGCUGAAUCCAGCUGCAUCAAUAAUUUUUAAAGUUUUUGUUAGGUCAAACAGGAACAGCAGGGUCAAAAAUUGUUAAAAUUUAUAUAAGGUAAAAAAGACGAGACAAUAUCUCUGUGGUAACAGUUAAUGGUUAGUUGGUGUGUGGUGCUAUUAUGAAUAUCAGAUUUAAUUGUUUUGAUGUACACUACAGAUAUUUGUUCUUCUGAUUUUAUUACAUAUUAUAUAAUGAAUAUUUUA